UAACAGCCCACAAUUCCACAAAAGCAAAAAUUUUCUCAAACACUGAAACUCGCCUUCUCGCACUCAAGAGGAAGAAGAAUAGCUUCGGGUCCAGCAAUGGCAAUAGUAGAGCGUGAGAACAAAAUGCCUCUUGUAAUAAACAUCCUCUCGGCUCUCUUUGAACGUACGGCCAAACGAAACGAUGAACUCGCAAUUUCUCAAGAGCAGAAUCGCCAGCCCCCACGAGCAGCAGAGACCUUCUCCAGCCCAAUUAUCCCAGCAUUCUCCAUUCAAAGAUAUCUUGAAUACAUCUUUUAUUGGACAGAUUGCAGCUUAAGUUGCUAUAUAAUUGCCUACAUUUAUGUAGACCGAUUCCUUUAUCUCAACCCCUCCGUCAUUUUAGAUUCCAGCAAUGUACAUCGUUUCCUCAUCACAAGCAUCCUCACUUCUGUCAAAUUCAUGGAUGGGAGUAACCAUGACAAUGUGCACUUUGCGACUGUGGGAGGAAUCAGUGUUUGUGAGAUGAAUGAAUUGGAGGUGAAUUUCUUGUUUGGAUUGCGCUUCAAUCUAAAUGUCACUGCAAGCACGUAUUGUGGCUACCUCUCAUUUCUGCUAGGACAGGUGGACACUUUGGACAUGGAAGUUCCUCACAUGUUGCGCUUCGUCUCAUUAGCAGAAGACGGAAGUGGGCUGAGGGAAGACUUUAGUGAUUUAGAAACACAAAUGGCAUGGGAUACUGAGCACUAGAGGAUUUUGGCUUCUUUUUGUGCACCGAAUAUUUUGUUUCUUCUUGAAUGGUGAAGAGCAGAGCAAGAUGAGUUGC